UUGUUUCUCUUUUAUUUUCCAGAAAAAAACCUCUUCAUUCGUAGCAUCGUGGAAACGAAUCCAGUUUUUGCGCAGGAACUGCGUGUGAAUCGUCGUCGUCGUCGACGGUGUCGCGUUCUUAUUUGGUGUGUGACGUGAUACUGGUGCCACGAAGGACACCAACAAAUAAAAAAAAAAAGAGUCGACGCACUGCUCAGCAGCUGAUUCCGUGACACUCGACGCUUCCCAUCGCUGCGUGUGUCGUCGAUUUAUCCCCCAUACGUGUCGACACAGUCUUUUGCUUGUGUUUUUUUUUGUGAGUGUCUGUGUGAUUGAAAAUUGGGAGGAAAAGAAGUGGUUGGAUCGCAUAUUUUUUUUUCUCUUGGGGUGUGGGUGUUGUGGACCCGGUUGAAGUGUGCGAGUGGAAUUUGACGCGGUAUACUUGACCUGACUGGGGACAUGACGAAUCACCACCAAUCGGACGUGCAUCAUCAUCAGGGCGACCUGUGGGCCCAAUGGUUUGCCUGCUGUUUUUCCAACCAACAGCCUCAUCAUCCAGGCAAGAGACGUCCGAUGAGAAUAGACCGGUCCAUGAUCGGGUUGCCGACCAACUUCCAGCACACGGGCCACGUCGGGUGCAACGACCUGGGCGCCAACACGGGCCACAUGGCGGCACUGCACACGCAGCUGCAGUCCAAGGGCGGCUACAACAUGGCCCUGCCCAUCACCAACGGCACCGCCAAGCUCCUCGACACCCGGCCGUUGAUCCCAAUUGCCACGUCUAACAAUCACCACCACCACCACCAUCAACACCACCAAAACAAUCAUCAUCACCACCACAACCAACUUCACCCUCAUCUCCUGCAGCACCACGACGAGUACCACCAAAAUCAUCAUCAUCAUCAUCACCACCACCAUCUUUCCGGCGGCGACGUCGUCAUCCGUCCGACGUCGACGACGACGACGCCUGCGACUGCACCGGCGCCGCCUAUUGUAGUCGGUGGUGCCGGCGGCGGCGGCGGCGGCGGUGGUGGAGGAGGUGGCGCCACUGCAUUGGGACUCGGACGAUCGCGGAAUUGAUUGAUUGAUUGUAUUUUGGGAUACGAUGCGUCGGUGUGGUGCCUGAUGCUGCUGCUGCUGUUGGGGCUUUUUUUUGUUUGUUUGUUUGUUGGUGAUGUGUACGCAGGUUUUUUUUUUUUUUGUUCGAUGGAGACGAAAUGGUCAUUGAUUUUAUGUGGGGUUUUU